AUGUCAACGCCGUUACCGUAUUACGACCGGGUGGCAUACACGGUUCAGCUUGAAGGAAUCAAGGUUGCGGGUACGGUUCUACCCUUGCCGAAAUCCAUAUUCGUACCCGACCACACCGGAGCCGGUCAAACCAUGAUUGAUACGGGUACCCAGUUCACUUUUCUUCUUGGACCUGUUUACACUGCUCUGAAAAACGAGUUCUUGAAACAAACCAAGAAUGUAUUACGGGUGUAUGAGGAUCCGAACUUCGCGUUUCAAGGUGCAAUGGACCUUUGUUACCGGGUUGAACGGAGUCGAGUCGGGUUACCCGUGUUACCUAGUGUGAGCAUGAUGUUUCGGGGCGCCGAAAUGGUUAUUUCGGGUCAGAAGCUCCUGUUUAAAGUGGCGGGUGUAACCAAGGGUGGUGAUGACAUACAUUGCUUUACGUUUGGGAAUUCAGAUUUGUUAGGAAUUGAAGCAUACAUCAUUGGACAUCACCAUCAACAAAAUAUGUGGAUGGAAUUUGAUCUUGCAAACAAUCGGGUCGGGUUUGGUGAGGUUAGCUGUGAUUGUGUAAGUCAAAAGCUUGGAAUUGACUUGUAA